AUGCUGUUUGAUUGCUUCACAGAACGACAACUUAUCCGCCAAGGCUUUGUGGUCUGCAUGGUCUGCUGUCUUUGGAAUAUGAUUGGAGACCUGAUUUAUGCGCCCUUGUAUGCGAGUGGAAGGGAAAUCUUGUCGCCGCAACUACCCGUCUACCUGCAUCAGACCGAGAACUCUCAUGAGCUCCUCCUGUUGGCGCAAACAUCGGGAUGGAUGUAUCCCAUUUGGGGUUGGCUCACGGCGAGCCAGUUGUAUAUUGGAUUAAAGCCGUCCGAAUCAUUCUGGUGGAGUUCCGCUCCCUGCUUGGCCAUGGCGUAUGCCUUUUGUGUCAUCGGAGGAGCACAGCACUCUGGUUGGGCCUUUCUCACAGUCCUGUGGCAAUCAGAGCAUCGAGAGGCAUGUUUGCAAAAUUCGAAGAUUUGUCAAGCCUAUUAUGAAGACUCCCAGAUUCGAAUUUGGAAACACUUUUUGAUGGGCGAUCUACCGGCGCUGUGGUUGUUUGCAUCGAGUGCAUGGGUCUUUGUCAGCGUGAUUGUCAAUCAAUCCAAGGGAAUUUCCUUUCCUCUUUGGUUCAACCUUUGCAAUCCACUAGCGACACAAGUCUGGGUAAUGGGAUUGACGUACUUUUUGGAUCCUCCCGUCGCAGGACUUGUGGGUGGUCCCUUUGGGACAUGGAUGAUUCUCACUACAAAUCUCGGCUGUGCCUACUGUCUUUGGAAUCAUGGAGAAGACGACGACAACACCCAAUCCAGCAAAAAGAAGAAACGAAACUAA